AUGGGUGACGAUCUUGCGGCCUUUUUUGCCAAGAAGAAGUCCAAGGGUACCAAGAAGAAGACGAUCCGAAUGGACGAUGUUGUUCAGCAGCUCGAGUCCAAUAUGAAGUUCGACAAGGUAGGUUAUUUUUUUUUACUUUUUUAUUGUUUAGGAACUUGGCGGCAUUGUUAAGGUUCAGAAUGGUUGAAGAAAAAUUCAAAAAACCGGUCAAGUUAACUGAUGUUUUACACAGAAAUGUGCUCUAUAAUUGUUGAGCAAUUAUAAUAGCAGUUCUUACCUAUUUCUAUGCUUGCAAGUAUUUUAAUAGGGUAACGAUGCUUACUUUAGUAUGAAUAAUACUAUUUUUUCUUCAGGAUGGAGGUGAGGACGAUGUUCCGUCAAAUCAAGAUAUUUUGAAAACGAAUUUGAACGAUGAAGAUUCUGAAUGGAUCGGAUAUGGUUCCAAGCCUUUGAACCUCGCCGGAGAAACAGUUGGAACAUUUAACUCAACAGAAGUUGUAGAUGAAGAAGUGGUAACUGAUAGAGCUGAACGAGAAAGCGCAGUUGUUAAGAAGACCAAAACCUCGAAUAUACCUUCUAAAGUAAGAUACUUUUAAUUUUAGAGUUUUGAACUAUAAUGAUGUAGAAAACAUAGUUAUCAAAUAAGUUUAACUUAUUCUUAUUAAAGACGUCUCAUUUUUGAUUUAGGACAAAUAAGAUGCUCCUAAAGAGACCGUUAUUGCUAUUAUUACAACGGCGAAAUCAAAGUUUAAGGCCUACAAACCGCCCCAACUUUCAGCACCAGGUCAAAGUUCAGCCUGUACUUUAAAAACGGUGGGUUUAGAUUUUCAAGCAAUUUAUUCUUUUAUUCUGAGUGUCAUAGGAACGUUGUAAUUUAAGGCCGAGGAACUAAUUGGAGAAUCUGUGGAGCAUUUGUUUAAUAAGUUUCAAUACGUGGGUAGAAAGGGUGUUGCUGAAGAUGAAUGUAAUUUACUUGAAAACAUUGUUAAAAUAAAUCACAAUAUGAUUAUUUGUGAUGGUAUUUACAAAAAAGAUGGAAUAUUACUGAAGGAUCCAAAUGGUGGUGAUCAACCUGCUGUACGAGUUUAUGUUCAUUUCUGGCGUAAUGGCUUUAGUGUUGAUGAUGGACAUUUACAAUCCUACAUUUCUGCAGAUUUUUACUAUUUAUUGCAUUCUUUAUCCUUCUGUAACCUAAAAAAAUGGCAGAAAAAGCCAAAGACAGAUUUAAUAAUUAAAUUGGUCAGUCAUUAUGAUCAGUACUUUAAUGUUCCUGAAUGUACGACUGAACUUCGUCAAAAGAAUAGUUACAAUCAGGUCGAUCUGCAUCUGGAACGUCGUGCUACUGAGUACGUUAAACCAAGACCAGAAUAUUUUGCUCCCUCUAUUCAGAAGAAAAGCAAUGUAGUUAUUAGAACACAUAAAGGUCAUCUUUUGCAAAGGAAGUUCUCCGUCACAAGUUGUCGCGGACGUCCGGUCUUUCAUUGUCUCGUAAGUUUUGUAUUUGUUACCUAAUUUUUUAAACCUUGUAAAAUAUAACAGUUCUAGUGCUUUUUUAUGGAAUAACAUAGUUUUCUUGAUGAGUUUUGAAAUAUAAUUGUAAUUUUGCUUUAGAUCUGUACCGGAAUGUGCGUUACAGCCUUUCGAAUUGUACACUAUUUUCCCUAA